UUACUUUUGCCCUUCUCGGGGUCGAAAUGGCUUACAAUAAUAUGUACAACUCUCAAUCACCGCACGUAGCACCUUCCGUUGGAAGCCGAGCUCUACCAUCACCAAUCGGCACAGCGCAGACGGAUCAUCAAAGCCAAAGCCCCGCUGGAUACUCUCCAAAAUUCGGGCAUUAUACUGGACACAAUGGUCCGAUUUCUAACAGUGAUAUAGAGAGCAAGCAUGGGAUGAAAAGGAAGCGAAGCGUCGCCGACACGGCACAUCGGCACACUUCUGAGGACAGCUAUAUUGACGGCGGCGAGCCAUUUCAAAGAGCUGAGACCUCAAAAGACUCCCAGUUCUCCUUGCAGCAAAAGAAUGGAGCUAGUCCAGCGCAAGAUGUGAAGAAACGUACUAAAACACAGAGGGCCUGCGAUAAAUGCCGUACGAAAAAGAUCAGAUGCGACAUCAUAGCAGAUGCUGAUCCACCUUUGUGCUCUCACUGUAAACAAUACAACUAUGACUGCACCUUUUUCCUUCCAAUUCAAGAAACGCGGUUCAAGAAAAAGAGACAAGAAGAAGAUGCCGCUCUAAAAGCUUCUCAAAGUCGUCCAUUUGCAGCUUCCGGUGCCCCUGCACCUACAGGAGAGCGACAAGAAUCUGGCCAUGAGUCUCGGACUUUCG